AUGCGUCUUUUCUUCUCCGCUGUGCUGUACGCCGUCUUCUUCUUUGGUAUACUAGGCUCCGCUUGGCCAUGGGACGGCUUGCUGGUUGAGAGGGGUGAUGGUCUAAGCAGACGAGCAACUACCGAUUCUACGACGACAGGCCCGACAUCCACUGCGGAUUCUUCGUCCUCGUCCUCCUCUUCUGGAUCGUCGGCUUCUGAGACGACAACGGGGACCAACACCAACACCGAUGCUACGACUACUGGAACGGGCCAUACCACGACGGCCACUGGCACGGGAAGCAGUAACAGCACCAACACCAAGACCAAAACCCAUACCACUGCAACUACAUCAAUCUCCAUCGAUCCCGCUGCCGCUGCUGGAGGUAUCUCGAUGAUCACCCCCAAUGCCUUGUCGACGACCUACUUUAAGGUUGGGUACAAUGCGACAUUUGUGUGGAAUUAUACUUCGCUGUCUGUCACGCCAACUGCGAUUGAUGUCGUGGCAUCCUGCAGCCUGAACCGAGAGACCUACACUUUGACCAGCAACAUGACCGUGGAGCCUACAGGCACAUUCAUCUGGAACACCAGUGACUUUGAGGCUUCGCAGACCAUCUCUCUGUUGACUUCAACGUACACCUUGUACGUAGUCGAUGCGAACAAGUCGCUCACUGACACCCCGGAGCCAGGUUACCUCAGUAGCUUCAUUGGAUAUCCCUUUGGCAUGUAUCGCCCGGAGCCCUAUACUCCCCUGAAUGAAUUCAAGUGCGCGACUUGCAGCGGUGCUUUGUCUGAUGUCCAACGCCAAGGCAUCAAGUUCGCUGUUGGCAUGGCCGCGAUUACAGUUCUCUCCUUCACUUGGUUCGUCGGUGGCGCUGGCCUUCUUUCUGCUUAG